AUUUAAUCGACAAAAAAAAAAAAAAAAAAAAAUUCCCCCGAACUCGAAUACGCCAUUGUCGCGAAUAGAAUAUCUUCGCGACAACGAAGGAGAGAGAAGAGAGAGCUACGAAUCUCUCUGUUUCUCUUUCUCUCUCUCGAUUCGGGGGUUUCUUCGAUCAGGAAUUCGCGAAGCGCAAAAUUGAAUAGAUUCCGGUUGAACGCCGAAAUUCUAAUUAAGUAUUGUUCCCCUUGAGAAGCAUGAAUUGAGACGUGUACGCAAUAACUGGUGCUAUCCUCAAUUGUCGCUGAUGAGACGAUGUCGAUGAGGCAGCAUAUUGCAAUAUUUACUACCGCAAGUCUUCCAUGGUUGACCGGAACUGCAGUCAACCCUUUAUUCCGAGCCGCUUAUCUUGCAAAAAGUGGCGAAAGGGAUGUUACUUUGGUGAUCCCUUGGCUCUCAUUGAAGGACCAAGAAUUGGUUUAUCCCAACAAAAUUACAUUUGAUUCACCGUCGGAGCAGGAAAGCUAUGUUUAUAGGUGGCUCGAGGAAAGGAUUGAUUUUAGACCAAAGUUCGGCAUUAAAUUCUAUCCUGGGAAGCAGUUUUCUAAAGAAAUGAGGAGCAUACUACCUGUUGGAGAUUUAACAAAGUGCAUUCCUGAUGAAGAGGCUGAUAUUGCCGUCCUGGAGGAACCCGAGCAUCUCAACUGGUACCACCAUGGGCGUAAGUGGAAAAACAAAUUCCGUCGAGUAAUUGGCAUUGUUCAUACCAAUUAUCUGGAGUAUGUGAGGAGAGAGAAGAACGGACAGCUACUGGCCUUCUUUCUCAAGUAUGCCAAUACUUGGGUUACUCGCAUCUAUUGCCACAAAAUUAUCCGAUUAUCAGCUGCCACCCAGGAACUUCCAAGGUCUAUUGUAUGCAAUGUCCAUGGUGUCAAUCCAAAAUUUCUUAAAAUUGGCAAGGAAAAGCUAGAGCAGUUGCAGAGAGGGGAGGUGGCAUUCACAAAGGGUGCUUACUAUAUUGGGAAGAUGGUGUGGAGUAAAGGCUAUAGGGAACUACUUAAUCUACUAUCGAAAAACCAGAGCAAAUUAACUGGCCUUCAGGUGGAUUUGUAUGGAAGUGGAGAAGAUUCUGAUGAAGUGCAAAGAGAAGCAGAAAAAUUGAGUUUGGCUGUGAAAGUUCACCCUGGUCGUGAUCAUGCUGAUCCUCUGUUUCACGACUACAAGGUUUUUCUGAAUCCGAGCACAACUGACGUGGUGUGCACGACAACAGCAGAAGCACUUGCAAUGGGAAAAAUUGUCAUCUGCGCCAACCACCCCUCCAAUGACUUCUUCAAGCAAUUCCCUAACUGCCACAUUUACAACAACGAAGACGAAUUUGUAAAGUUAACACUUGAUGCUCUAUCCGGACAGCCCGAGCCACUGACAGAUGAGCAAAGGCAUGAGCUCUCAUGGGAAGCCGCCACUGAGAGAUUCAUCGAUGCCGCGGAGCUAAACCAUGCCAAUGUUUCUACUCAAAAGAGUCUUCCUCCUAAAAUGGCUUUCCUACCGGCUUCUCUGAGAAUGAGCAAAUUGAAGAAAAGUGUGGAGGAUGCUUCUGCUUAUUUGCACCAAAGUGUUUCAGGAAUUGAGGUUGUGCGCCGCGCUUUUGGUGCUGCUCCGAAAAGCUUAAAGCCAGAUGAACAGCUGCGCAAGGAGCUAGGGAUUGACAUUCCUCCACGCAAGAAGAGGAGCAUUACUUCGGUUCUACCGAAGCGAUUGUUAAGCAAAAAAAACAAGACAUCUUGAAGCGCUGUUCAAAGUUAAAAAGAUAUUCUACAAUUAUCAGAGGGGGUAUUGAAUUAAUUGUUUAUUUGUUUCUUUACAUAAACAGGGGAUUUCCAUGUUUUGUAAAACAAAACCAGUAACUUAUUGUAUAUAUAUGUGCUCUUUGUGAAAGUGUGACAUAGAUAAAAUGUAAAGCAUUAGGAGAUUUCUUUUAUAGCGAGUUUCAUUUAUAUUUCC